AGUACUUUGCAGCUUCCUUGCGGAGCUUCUGCAGCUCAAUUCGAUCCUUGGAGAUUAUUCCAUCGGUUAAAUAUUAAAGAUGUGAAAGGUUCGUCCCUUCUCUUGUUGGGUGACAUUAACCUCUACUUCGGCCUCGUCGAUGCUAGGUUUAGGAAGGAGCUCCAUAGGGAUUACACUUGGGAGCUCAUCAUGGAAUGA